AUGGCGAUGACCAGUGCGGGCAUGGAAAUGCUUGCGGUAGGAGCCAUCCUCUUGGUCCUCAACACCAUUUCUGUCGGUGCCCGCAUAUACACUCGGACGUUCGUCACGAAAGCAUUCCAGCUCAAUGAUGCGUUGCUUUUGGUUGCAUUGGGCGCAUAUGGAGCCCUUUACGCUCUUCUUGUUAUAGGAGUUCAGGGCGGCAUUGGUGGCCAUGUUUUACAGGCCACUAUUCCUGGACUCGCGAUCUCGCUGAAGGUGAUCUUUUUUCUAGAGAUCAUAUACGUAGUUCUCACCUCCGCCAUGAAAGGGAGUAUCGCUCUUACGUUUAUUCAUCUUUCACGCUCAAGGGUUCUUACUCUCAUCUUCUGGGUUUCCAUUGCUAUGGAUGUGCUCAUCAGCGCUGCUUUCAUCAUCUAUUUGCUCGUUCAGUGUAAACCAAUUGAUUAUGCAUGGAGGAUGCUGGAUCCGGCAGCCAAGGGGGAGUGCCUACCUCUCCAAGGCCAGCUGUAUAUGGGAUAUGCACUGUGCAUUGUAACGGCGAUGUUGGAUGCAAUGUUGCUGAUAUCGCCCUGGAUCAUGAUGAGAGGUCGAGGUCUGAACAUGAGACUGAAACUAUACAUUUAUGGUAUAUUCGGGCUGGGAAUACUGGCAACUAUUGCAAACAUUAUCCGUCUUGUGGCUCUCGUCAAACUUACAAGUUCCAACGAUCAGCUCUACGACGCAGCCCCUGUUUUCACUUGGUCCGCCAUCGAGGUCAGCAUAGGCAUAAUCAUUGCCGGACUCAUUGAGCUCGGCCCUCUUGCCGCUAAGUAUAGACUCAAGGGCUUCGAAUCGUACGUCUAUAUUGAUGAGACGUUCUCACGGAAGAAGCGGAACGACGAAUCGGGAAUUGAGGGGUACGAAAUGCGUCCGGGAAAGAUGUAG